AAAAUAAUGACUUAUUCUGUCUUUUUAAUUAAAUAUCACGCUUUCUAGCUCCGUUUCGACGCGUGUUAAUGUUUUAUUGUGCUUCUGGUGUCUGUUCACGAUGGGACACACGAGUUUGGACAAGAUCAAGGCUCUGCAGAGAAACCCGGCCAACAUCAGAAACCUGUGUAUUCUGGCUCACGUGGACCAUGGUAAGACAACAUUAGCAGACUGUUUAGUGGCCAGUAAUGGGAUCAUAUCAAGCAGACUUGCAGGAAAGCUGCGGUACUUGGACAGCAGGGAGGAUGAACAGAUGAGAGGAAUCACGAUGAAAUCCAGUGCAAUCUCUCUUCACUUUGCACAUCGAGAGCAGGAGUACUUGCUGAACCUGAUUGAUUCUCCGGGCCACGUGGAUUUCUCCUCUGAGGUUUCUACGGCGGUGCGUUUGUGCGACGGGGCCAUCGUGAUCGUGGACGCGGUGGAGGGAGUCUGUCCACAGACCCAGGUGGUGCUGCGCCAGGCCUGGCUGGAGAACAUUCGUCCUGUUUUGGUCAUAAACAAAAUUGACCGACUGAUCUUGGAGCUGAAGCUGACGUCACAAGAGGCCUACACGCACCUGCGGAAGAUGCUUGAGCAGGUGAACGCAGUGACCGCUACCCUGUUCACGUCCAAAGUCCUGGAGGAGCGAGCGGAGAAGGAGAGCGAGGAGCCCGAGAGGGAAGCGUCUGGGGAGGGGGAGAUCGUGUACGACUGGAGCGCGGGACUAGAGGAGGCGGACGACUCAAACCUGUACUUCUCUCCGGACCAGGGCAACGUGGUGUUCGCCAGCGCCAUCGACGGCUGGGGAUUCAGCAUCCAGCAGUUUGCUAAGAUCUACAGCGAGCGUUUGGGGGUCAGGGCGGAGGUGCUGCAGAAGACUCUGUGGGGAGACUUCUACCUCAACGCCAAAGCCAAGAAGAUCAUGAAGGGAGCUCAGGUCAAAGGGAAGAAGCCGCUGUUCGUGCAGCUCGUGCUCGAUAACAUUUGGAGUUUAUACGACGCCGUGGUAACCAACAGAGACAAAGAGAAAGUCGAGAAAGUGGUGAAAUCUUUGGGGGUGAAGGUUUUGGCCCGGGACACGAGACACUCUGACCCUAAAGUCCUGCUGUCGGCCAUCUGCAGCCAGUGGUUACCCUUGUCCCAAGCUGUGCUCUCCAUGGUGUGUGAGAAGCUGCCCAGUCCUCUGGAGGUGUCUGCAGAGCGCGUGGAGAAGCUGAUGAGUGUGGGGGCGCGGAGGUUUGACUCAUUACCGGAGCAGACUCAAGAGCUUAAAGAAGUUUUUCUCCGCUGCUCGAGUGAAGACAGCUCCCCCGUCAUCGUGUUUGUGUCCAAGAUGUUUGCAGUGGACAGCAAAGCCCUGCCCCAGAACAGACAGAGACCGCUGACCCAGGAGGAGAUCGCCCAGCGCAGGGAGCUUGCCAGGCAGAGGCACGCGGAGAAGAUGGCCGCCGAGAACCAGAAGGACCAGGUCAAAACAGAGGCCAGUUCAGAGGAGGACCACACAUCUGGAGCCAGCACAGAUGUCUCGGCCAAGAUGGAGGCCCUGGCGGUGAGGGAGCAGAGCGCGGAGGAGGAACGGGAGAAGUUUGUGGCGUUCGCUCGGGUCUACAGCGGCGUGGUGCGGCCGGGACAGAGGGUCUUUGUCCUGGGACCAAAGUACGACCCGGCGCUGGGCCUGAGCACGCUGCCAGAGGGGUGCAGUUCCCAGUCCGACUCUGUCCCGGACACCCCCCAUCUAUCCCUCUGUUACCUGGGCAACCUGUACCUCCUGAUGGGACGAGAGCUGGAGGAGUUGGAGGAGGUGCCUUCUGGAAAUGUCCUGGGUAUUGGAGGUCUAGAAGAGUUUGUGUUGAAGUCUGCCACACUGUCCACCUCUCCCGCCUGCCCUCCCUUCACGCCACUCAACUUCGAGGCCACGCCCAUCGUUCGGGUCGCCAUAGAGCCCAAACAUCCGAGUGAGAUGCCUAAGCUGGUGCAGGGCAUGCGUCUGUUGAACCAGGCUGAUCCGUGCGCAGAGGUGCUGAUCCAGGAGACCGGCGAGCACGUGCUGGUGACCGCGGGAGAGGUCCACCUACAGCGUUGCCUCGACGACCUCCGAGACAGAUUUGCUAAAAUUGAAAUCAGCGCCUCUGAACCCAUCAUCCCGUUCAGAGAGACAGUGGUCCGACCUCCUAAAGUGGACAUGGUGAACGAGGAGAUGGGCAGGCAGCAUAAAGUGGCCAUUAUUCACCAGGUGAAGGAGGAUUCCUCUCAGAGCCGCUCCUCUGACACUCUGCAGGUGGACUCCUCUGGUCUGGUCACUCUCACCACUCCAAACAGACUGGCCACUGUCAGCAUCCGGGCCAUUCCUCUGCCACAGGAGGUAACGAGUUUGUUGGAGAACAGUGCCGAGCUGAUCCGGACUCUGGAGCAGGUGAAUCUGUCUCUGAGGGAGGGCCGAGAGCUGGAGGUGAGUCCCAGGAGCCUGGAGCAGAUCUCGGAGCUGAAGCUCAAACUGGAGGCUCUGCUGCAGGGGCACAGGUGGAGGAACGCUGUGGAUCGUAUCUGGGCUUUUGGACCACGCAGGUAUGGUCCAAACAUCCUCUUGAACAGCGUGGACUCGUACUCGCGCCCGUCCGUGUGGCAGUGUCUGAGUCGUCAUGGAGACAAGCCCCAAAACACACUGAGAGACCUCGACAACAGCAUCGUGAGCGGCUUCCAGCUGGCCACGCUGUCCGGGCCCAUGUGCGAAGAGCCUCUGAUGGGAGUUUGCUUUUCGGUGGAGCGCUGGGAUGUCCAGACCAGCGCCGCCCUGCAGCACCGGGACUCUGUGGAAGAAGACUCCGUGUCCCAGGACGCGGCGGGGGACGGCGAGGGCCCGGGGGAGACGGCGGGACAGAGCAAACGGCGGGCGGAGGCGGACUGUUACGGGCCUGUGUCUGGUCAGCUGAUCGCGGCGACUAAAGAGGCGUGCAGACAGGCUUUUCAGGCCCAGCCCCAGAGACUCAUGGCUGCGAUGUACACCUGUGAGAUCAUGGCGACUGCGGAGGUGCUCGGGCGGGUGUACGGCGUCCUGGGUAAGCGUGAAGGGCGUGUGGUGCAGGAGGAGAUGAAGGAGGGCACGGACAUGUUCAUCAUUAAGGCCAUCCUGCCCGUCGCUGAGAGCUUUGGCUUCGCUGACGAAAUCCGCAAAAGGACCAGCGGUUUGGCCAGUCCCCAGCUCGUCUUCAGCCACUGGGAGGUGAUCAGCAGUGACCCGCACUGGGUGCCCACCACGGAGGAGGAGUACCUGCACUUCGGGGAGAAAGCCGACUCUGAGAACCAGGCGCUCCAAUACAUGAACGCUGUCCGCCGACGUAAAGGUCUGUACGUGGAGGAGAAGAUCGUGGAGCACGCCGAGAAGCAGAGGACACUGGGCAAAAACAAGUGAAGAAACAUGGACCAAAACCUGCUGGAUCUGAACUGAACUGCUGUCACCUCAUGAAACAAGACACAUGACAAAUAACACUGGAUUUUCUUCAACAGGGAUUAGUGUAGUAGCUGUAAUAUCAUCAACUCAUGGAAAUAAAUCUGUGUUCAUCUUGCAUUUCUGUUGUUUUAAGAAGUUAAACCAAGGACUGAAAUACAAACAUACAAUAAGAUGUUUUUGUUUUGACUGAUGAGAUCUGAUCACUGUUCAGAUCACAUUUUCUUCUGCUAUUUCCUUAGCUCAUAAUAUUUUUGGUGACAAAACUUAGGAAAUAAUAAAUUUAUUAUAUUGA